AUGUGGAGGUUCCGACACAUUCUUCGCGUUGCUUUCGUAUUCUCGUGCCUCUAUUCAACCACCUGCACCUACGUUACGAGCAAAGCAAUUGGAUUAGCCAAAAGAGGGGAGUGGGUUUCACUAGAAGGCAGUGAAGAUGAUGCAAGGAUCAAGUUGGUAGAGGCCGUAAGAAUUUCCCGUCACACAUUCACUUUCUCUGACGCUGAGAAUUACUGCAAGGAACAACGUGCUCAUUUGGUGUCACUCCAUUCGAAGGAUGAAGGAUCCUACUUAUCAGGUUACCAAAUUUUUCUCAUUCGCUUCAAGACAUGUAAAUGUUCACCUCCAAGA